UUGUCCCGGGGGUAGAGGGUGUCCGAGUAGCUUCGCCUGCCACUUCCGUCGAGGAAAUCCCCACUCCGUCAUCAAAGAGGCCGAGGAUUUCAGCCAAGGACAAAGAGAAGGAGAAAACAGGCUCGUCCAUAUUUGAUGACGAGGGUGUGGCUGUAGAGCGGGCACACAACAUUGUGAAAGCUGAGGACCUGAAAGUCUUUUCUGGGGUUCCUGUCAAUGUCGUCGCGAGUCAGCACGUCCACAAGAUAAUGCAGGUGUUGGGGGAGAGUCUCCAUCUGGCUUCUGAGUGUCUUACUCAGGAGGCUAGGGUGGCCUCCUUGACCUCUAGGAUGGAGGCUCUGGAGAAGGAGAAUUCAGCUUUGAAGAAGGACCUUAUACAGUCGAUGGACGAGUCUGCUACCUUGAAGGAGAAGGUCAAGGCUCUUAACUCUGACUUAAGGGUUGAGCGUCAGCUGAAUCUGGAGAAGGAUGACCAGCUUCAGGCGACCAAGGAGAAAUUGAAGACAGUUGCUGCCAGGUCCGUCGAGGCCUUUCAGCAGACGGAGGAGUAUUCCACUGUACUUUUCAGUUGGUACUUCAAGGGAUUCGAACUCCUCCGCCGGUACCUCGUCAAGUACCCCACAGGGGUUGAUCUGCCAAGUCUAGAUCUAGAAGUGGUGGAUCAAGUGAUGGCUGCUGACGAGGCUGCCCAACCUUCUGCUCCUGACAGUGAUGCCCCUGCUGCUGACGAUGCUCCUCCGGCUGCUGCUAAUACUGUUACUGACGCCCCAGACGCCCGAGCCUGAUCC